UAACUCAGGAUACCCAAACUUUUGUGUUGGCAGCAGCACGCAACUGGGUGGGAUUUUUGAGCGGGGGGGGGUUGUGGUUCGGUCAUUGAAGGCGCAGUUGUGUGGAAAAUCUUGUAUUGAAUGUGCACACAAAAAAGUGUGUUGCCAUUAAAAAUGUGGCACGCAAACAAUUAACAACAAAAGCACAUCAGUGCAAACAGGCAACGAAAAUGUCAAGGCCUUAACCAAAACUGGCAACGAGAUAAACGUGGGAAUUUCAUUCAAUUGAAAGGUGCUAAAAUGCGUGCCUACUACACGACAAGGGACAACCGAAAAUACGGCGAUAUGAGCUAUGAAAGUAAAUAUCUGCUGGAUCCAAAGUAUAUGACAAAGCGUGAUCUACAGCAUUAUUAUCGUUACUACAACAUGACCAAGAAUCGGAGCCAAUUCAAGAAGAUUGUCAUCAUCAUAUUCUGCGUGUGCGUCUUCUCCUAUCUAUUUGUCGAUUACAAUUUGAGGACGAAACUGUUGAGACUGCGCGAUCGCUUUGAUUUUAUUGCACGCAUCGAUGAUGAGUAUAAUGUGACGAGGGCAUAUUUUAUUGACACACCCGGCUGCCGGAUGCCGUACUUUGAGGUGUUCGACGAUAAUAUUGCACAGUUCAUGUUCCAUCCGCGACCAUUUUCAUGCCCCAAGCCACUGUUGCGGACGAGCGAUGUGGUGCCCGGCAAGCUGCUGCUCAACAUGGAUGCCAAGGAGCAGUUGCAUUACUACAACAUCAAGGAUGUGUCCAAAAUCAAUUGCAAAUAUACGGAGGUGCGUCGCCAGACAGACAAUACAAACGACUAUCGGCCGCAGUUGUCAUUUAAGUUGGCCAAAGCCGUACAGUUGCCGAAGGAACUGGAGUUUAUCUAUUUGGAAUGUCAUGAUCCGGCUGGAUCGCUAAUCUACAAAGAUUGUCACUUCUUUGUCGUCGAUAAGCCGUUGACGAAGCGUGGAAAUAGCACCAAGUCUUCGCUUAAGCGUAACAGCUUUAAUGAUACGCCAACGGCAGAGGCUGAGGAACGGCUCUCGGUGAUGGUGCUGGGCAUUGAUAGUGUUUCGCAUUUGAAUUUCCAUCGGCAAAUGCGUCGCACGGAGGCCUACAUCCGUAAGAAUCUGACGCACGUUGAGUUCUGGGGCUUCAACAAGGUGGGCGACAAUACGUUUCCGAAUCUGGUGCCGCUUUUAAGUGGCCUGGAUGAUCAGGAGCUGAACAUAUCGUGUGUGGCACCGCUGGCGCAUCCCAGCUACGAUAGUUGCACCUUCUUGUGGAAGCGCUAUAAACAGGCCGGCUACAGGACGGUCUAUGCCGAGGAUGUCGGCUUCCUCGGAUUGUUCAACUUCAAUCGCAAAGGAUUUCGCAAACCGCCAACGGAUUACUAUUUGCGUCCCAUGCUGCUCGAGAUGGAGAAGCACAUUGCCCAAAAGAAGGACAUGAAUAUCCAUCUGUGCAUGGGCGGGAGACGCACAGCGGAUGUCCUGUUGGAGUACAUGCGAAAGCUGGUGCCGCACAUGCGUCAAGAGCUAUUCUUUUCGUUCUUCUGGUCGGUGGCGUUGACCCACGACUAUUUUAACUCACCACAAUUGUUGGAUGCGCAGCUGGCGUUGAAUCUGCAGCGGUUGCAGGAGUCGGGUGUGCUCAAUCGAACACUGGUGCUCCUGAUGUCCGAUCACGGUUUGCGCUGGGGCUCGUUUCGACGCACCUAUCAGGGCAUGAUGGAGGAACGACAACCGCUGCUAAUCGCACUCUAUCCCGCCUGGCUAAAACAGCGCUAUCCGCUGGCCAUUGCCAAUCUGGAGCUAAAUGCCAAGCGUUUGACAACACCAUUCGAUCUGCAUGCCACACUGCUGCAAUUGCUCGAUAUGCGCCAGCUGGAGCCGGAGCAGCUGCAACGCAAUGCCGCUGAGCUCAUCGACAUUGACAGCAUAAUGCCACGUGGAAUUAGCCUAUUCCUGCCGGUGCCAGCAGAGCGCAAUUGUGAGCAGGCGGGCAUUGCGGCCCACUGGUGCACCUGCCAUCAGCGCGAGGAGCUCCCAACCAAUAAUGAGCGAGUGCAGCGCGCCGCCCGCUAUUUGGUGCGUCUGAUCAAUGAGCGAUUAUCGGCGCAUUCACAAUGUCGAACACUCUAUUUGAAUUCCAUACUGCAGGCGUUUAUAGCGGCGCCACAUCACAAGAUGGUCAAGGAGAUUAACAGUGACUAUGCCGUCGAUAUAACAUUGCGUUUGCAAACCAAACCGGGUCUGGCUAUCUUCGAGUCCACGGUGCGUAUGACUGGAUAUUCGAGUGCGCUCACUGGAACCAUUAGUCGCAUCAAUUUGUAUGGCAGUCAGAGCUACUGCGUCAAUGAUUCCACACUAAAAAUGUUUUGUUAUUGUCACAGAUAAGCAUUAGUGUCUCCCUCCUCCUUAUCCCCAAUAUGUAGCCUUAGAUGAGUUUGAUGCUUGCACCAUAGUUCUAAGCUAAGCAUACAACUAUUUCUAUGAAAUAAUACCGCAAACAAUUAGUGCAGACUUUGUAUAAAGUUAAACAAAUUGACUCUUGACUAAUAAAAUGGAGUCUAAUAAAAUAGAAUCGAUCGUUUAUAUUUAUUUAGUGACAAUAAAAAUAUAUAAGCCUAUAACUUAACAUAGAUUCUGAAAAGUCGAUUAAAUCAU